ACUCCCUGAGGUUUGAAGCCUCAAGCCCCUCUCCUCCUUCAAACCCUCCUCUCUUCUUCUCUCUCUUCUUCCCUCUUUCUGCCUUGAAAGUAAAAAAAGUCUCAGAGCCAUGGACCAACACAAAACCAAAGAAACUUUAAAACUCCUCUGUAGCUAUGGCGGGAAAAUCCUCCCACGUCACACCGACGGUAAUCUCCGUUACGUCGGUGGCCUCACUCGUGUUCUCGCCGUGGAUGCCUCCAUUUCCUUUGCAGAGCUAAUGGUGAAGCUCGCGGAGUUCUGUGGCUACUCUGUGGAUUUGAGGUGUCAAUUGCCGGAUGGAGAUUUGGAGACCUUGAUUUCGGUCAAGUCCGACGAGGAGUUAGCUAAUAUCAUCGAAGAGUACGAUCGAGCUUCUUCUUCGUCUCGUCCUCUAAAGAUCAGAGCCAUUCUCUCGCCGCCGAAAUCGCUGAAGCAAAUCUCGCCUCCUAUGUCUAUGGCUACAAGCGGCGGCGAUUUGUCCCCUUCGAAAUCGUUCUUAUCGUUCACCGAUUCGCCUCCGAAACGGUAUGUUUCGCCUCUGAAGGGGUAUGUUUCGCCUCCGAAACGGUACGCUUCGCCGCCGAUUGUACAUCCCGGGCCAGUCAGGUUUCACAAAGGGUCCGGACGUGUUUGCUACUAUCCUUGCCAUGUCCAGAGCAACCCCAGCGACAUGUCGUAUCUUCCUCAUCAUCAUCAUCACCAUCAACAUCGUCAUCAACACGUUCCUCACUGCAAUGACUGGCGUUGAGAUUCGAAGCCCUAACUUCUAGGAGCUUCACACAAAGAAUAUCGCUGAUGACGGAAAAAAUUUAAUCAAAAACUUAAAAAACAAAAUAGAAAACAAAUAUAAGGGUGAAAUUUUGUGAUUGGUUGUGAAAUGAAGGAUUUUCCUUUUUUCCUUUUAUUUUUUCAUUUUUUUUCGAGGUGGUUUAAUGACAAAAAUUCAUGCUUGAAUUUGUGUCGCCGUGAAUUCUGGUACAACUUUUAUCGUUCGGGAUUCCGUUAGUCGCCGU